UAAACAUACGUGAAAUCAAAUGUUAUGAUAUAGUUUGUGAAGAGUCAGCCUUUGAUUUUUCAUUCAUUUAGUUUAAAAAAAAAUAAAGGUCACCGUCCCUGAGUCAAAAUUUGUUUCAAAAUUUCAACGCCACCGCAACUAGUGAAGAUUACGUUGAAUUUUACGGUUCAGCCGAGAGUGCAGUGCAGAUCCUUGUAAGAUCUGAUAAUAAUUCUGCAUCCGUAUCCGCAUCCGCAUCCAUAUCCGCAAGCGUGUCCAAUUUUAUGAGCCUAAAACCACAACAAGGAUUUCAGAUUGCAAGUAGACAGACAUAUGCCCCCCAAAAGAGUGAAAGGGAGGGAUAUAAAGGGAACGAGACCAAGAUAAGUAGGUCAAGAAUGCAAGAAUCGAAAGAUUAAUGUUCCACAUAAAAAGUAAAUGUAAAGAGUAAGUCAUCAAAAGCUAAGACCAUCUCAUAGCUGAUUAAUCUAUUACGCGCACAUUGAAUUACGCUAGUAACUUAAAUUUUAAAUUAAAUGUUUUCGUUUGCAUCAAAGUAGAGAGUUGACAAGAUCAAGUAGUUAUCUGUCAAGAGUUUUAAAGACCCACAAAAUCGAAACAAGAAACUAAUAAACAAGAAAACAUUUUUACAUCAAGAAUUUGCAAUAAUAAGAAGUCCCAAAAAGAGAGGAGUUGCGAAGCGAGUUAGGACUGCGAAAACAAAUAAAAAAUAAACCGAUACAAUCAUACAUAUAGGAAAAGUUAGCGAGUUAAUCGAAGAACAGAAGAGGAGGAGCAACUGAAGCGGCUGGAGUGUGCUGGAGCGGGAUCAAGCCGGAAUACAUCGGUUUUCAGAAGCAGGGGGAAUCUCCGAGGAAUCAGCACCAACGGCUUCCCAGGCUGCCAAUCGAUCCAAACCGGAUCACGAUCACAUCGCUGCGGAUCGCAAGACCGAGGUCGCCAUGGCGGACGUGCUCAACCUGGACAGCAUCAUAUCCCGGCUGCUGGAGGUGCGCGGUGCCCGGCCGGGCAAGAAUGUCCAGAUAACCGAGGGUGAGAUCCGCGGCCUGUGCCUCAAGUCCCGCGAGAUCCUGCUGGCCCAGCCCAUACUCCUCGAGCUGGAGGCGCCGCUCAAGAUCUGUGGCGACAUCCACGGCCAAUACUACGACUUGUUGCGCUUGUUCGAGUACGGUGGCUAUCCGCCGGAGGCCAACUACCUCUUCCUGGGCGACUAUGUGGACAGGGGCAAGCAGUCGCUGGAGACCAUCUGUCUGCUGCUGGCCUACAAGAUCAAGUAUCCGGAGAACUUCUUUCUGCUGCGCGGCAACCACGAGUGCGCCAGCAUCAAUCGGAUCUAUGGGUUCUACGACGAGUGCAAGCGCCGCUACACCAUCAAAUUGUGGAAGACCUUCACGGACUGCUUCAACUGUUUGCCCGUGGUGGCCAUUGUGGACGAGAAGAUCUUCUGCUGCCACGGCGGACUGAGCCCGGAUCUCACCUCCAUGGAGCAGAUACGCCGCAUAAUGCGGCCCACGGAUGUGCCCGAUCAGGGGUUGCUCUGCGAUCUGCUGUGGUCCGAUCCCGAUAAGGACACCAUUGGGUGGGGCGAGAACGACCGCGGGGUGAGCUUCACCUUCGGCGCCGAGGUGGUGGGCAAGUUCCUGCAGAAGCACGACCUGGAUCUCAUCUGCCGCGCCCAUCAGGUGGUCGAGGAUGGGUACGAGUUCUUCGCCAAGCGGCAGCUAGUCACCCUCUUCUCGGCCCCAAACUACUGCGGUGAAUUCGACAAUGCCGGUGCCAUGAUGUCCGUGGACGAUACCCUUAUGUGUUCUUUCCAAAUCCUCAAGCCCGUCGAGAAGCGCAAGAAGUAGAUCUCCGGAACUAUAGCUCCACCGAAACACUUUAACACACCAAACACAACACCACUCCCAAUCUCAUUCACAUACUCGAUAUAACGACAGAAUCGACAUAAUCGACACAUCGACACAUCGACACAUCGACAUCGACAUCGACAUCGAAUCGAAUCCAAAUCAUAACUUUGCUGUCGUCUACUGGUUUCAAGUGGGAUUCGAUUAACUGAUGGUCUUAAUCCGCACUUUGCUUGUAAAUAAAGACUUCUAUUGAGUUCAA